AUGGAUAAGACACCUUCUGAGAUUUUGGGAAAUCCGAAGUACGACCCAUGGUUUCAGAAUUGCAUUGGUGCUAUUGAUGGAACACAUAUCAGUGCAUGGGCUCCUUCAUCAAAACAAAUUUCAUACCGAGGUAGAAAAGUUAGUGUGACACAAAAUAUUAUGUUGGCGUGUUCAUUUAACAUGAUGUUCACAUAUGUCUACACCGGAUGGGAAGGAACGGCUAAUGACUCGAGAGUGUUGAUGGAUGCAAUAACAAGAGAAGAGAAUAGGUUUCCAAUGCCUCAAGAAGGAAAAUAUUAUGUUGUUGAUUCCGGCUAUGCCAACAUGAGUGGGUUUCUCGCACCAUAUCGCAAAGUGCGUUAUCACUUGCGUGAUUUUAGAGGAAGAGAUAAUGAUGUUGAUGUGGUAGAUGAAGAAAGCUCGUGGGCGAAUCAAGAAGGGGAAAAUAUGCAUUUGAAUGACGACAAUGUUAUGAAUGAUGUUAGAGACCACAUAGCCGGAUCAAUGUGGCUUGAUUAUGUCAAUAACAAUUAG